UUUACAGACAAGGGCAAACCGCCGGACAGGAGGCGCUGCUGCUGUCAUUGUCAUUUGCUACUCACAUUAGCUAGCAUGGCGAUCUUUUUGAGGCCUAAUGUCCGCGGUUUGCUCACUUUACAGCAGAGAAUGGCAUCCGACCAGCUGGGUGAGCUGGGUAAAGGUGCAGGAAAAGGUGGCGGAGCUGGCGGGUCCAUCCGAGAGGCCGGUGGAGCCAUGGGAAAGAAACAGGCGGCAGAGGAGGAAAUGUACUUUAAGCGCAAGGAGCAGGAGCAGCUGGCUGCACUGAAGCAACACCACCAGGAGGAAAUCGACCACCACAAAAAGGAGAUUGAGCGUCUGCAGCGGGAGAUUGACCGUCACAAGGGGAAGAUCAGGAAGCUGAAGCACGACGACUAAUCAAAAUGAGCUUCCGCCAGGCAUCUUUAAUCACUGCUGUAUUGCAUCUAAAAAAAUUAUUUUCUCCCUUUUGAAACGCACGUGUUCUUCUGCCGCUCACCAUCUCAGAGUAGAAUUCCAUUACCGGGAAGGCAUGAUUGGGUGGUGAAUUGUUGUUUAAAGCAAUUGCAACAGUUCACAAAAAGAAUGUUGUUUCCAUGGAGCAGUGUGACAUGAUUUGCAUGAACUGUUGCAUGUUUCAUACAGCAAAUAAACAUGAUCUUGUGUGAUAAAUGCA